AUGACAUUUUUGUAUGGCGCAAUUUUGACAAAGGUACAAGCGGUACAAGCGACGAAACACAUGUUUAAGCAUUACCAAAAAGCGGUGAAGAGAAUUAUGAAUGCCAAGUAUGAAAAUGAAAGCUUCGUGUCAACAGGGUCAGAUAAAAACUGCGAUGAGGAAAAUUCAGCGUUGUUACAGAACAAAGAGGCGUCAGGAAUGAACAAAAGGAAAUCAAAAAAAUCAAACAAUGAUAAUGGGAAGUACAAAUAUUACGAAAACUUCUUUAACAAAAAGAGAAAUAAAAAAUGGAAUUAUUUUAUGAUAUUUUUUCUGGGCAUAUGUUUUGGCUUUGCCAUUUGGCCCUUCUUCAUGACCAUAAUAACGUAUAAAUUAUUUUACAAAGACAAUUUUAACAGCUCCAAUUUUAACACCAGCAACAGUUCAGCAUCAUUGAAGCCCUAUGGAAAUGACAGAAAUAAAAAAGGUGAAAAUGAAAAGGUAUCCUUAAAAGAUCAGUCCCAGAAAAAUUCCUCUCCCCAUUUUAGGCCAAUCCGAUUUGAAGAAAUCGCUGGAAUUGAUGAAUCAAAGUUGGAACUCCUCGAAGUUGUUGACUUUAUAAGGAAUAGAGAAAAGUACCAAGAAAUGGGCGCAAGGAUGCCUAAGGGGGUUCUUCUGGUUGGUCCUCCAGGGUCAGGAAAAACCAUGCUAGCUAGGGCAGUAGCCACAGAAGCAAAUGUCCCAUAUAUUUAUACGUCCGGGCCAGAGUUCAUCGAGAUAUAUGUAGGCCAAGGGGCAAAAAGAAUAAGACAAUUAUUUGCACACGCAAGGUCGGUUGCUCCAUCGAUCGUUUUUAUUGACGAAAUUGAUGCCAUAGGAGGGAAAAGAAGUUCCGGUUCUGUCAAUGGUGCUGGUCAGAGAGAACAUGAUCAAACUCUUAACCAGUUGUUAGUCGAAAUGGAUGGUUUUAGCAACACCGUCCAUAUUAUGGUAAUAGGUGCAACCAAUCGAAUUGAUACUCUAGAUAGUGCCUUACUUCGUCCUGGGAGAUUCGAUCGAAUUGUUUAUGUCCCCCUACCUGAUGUUAAUGGAAGGAAAAGGAUCCUAGAAAUUUAUAUCAAAAAAAUUAAAAGUGAUUUAAAAGCAGAAGAUAUUGAUAAAAUAGCUAGAUUGACUCCUGGUUUUUCAGGUGCUGACUUAGAAAAUGUGGUAAAUGAAGCAACCAUCCUAGCCACUAGAAAUAAAAAAAGUGUAGUCACCAUUGGGGAGCUCUUCGAAGCUAGAGAUAAAGUUUCCAUGGGUCCAGAGAGAAAAUCUCUAAGACAGUCUGAUCAUCAGAGAAGAAUUACUGCUUAUCACGAAGCGGGACAUGCCAUCGUGGCGUACUUUCUUCAACCCAAAACGGACCCAAUACAUAAGGCUACCAUUAUCUCAAGAGGCAAUGCCCUUGGAUACGUAGAACAAAUACCAGUAGAUGAUAGACACAACUAUUUUAAAAGCCAAAUGGAAGCAAAAUUGGCUGUCUGUAUGGGUGGAAGAACUGCAGAAGAAAUCGUUUUUGGAAAAUCUGAAACGAGUAGUGGUGCUUCUAGUGAUAUUUCUAGAGCUACCGAAAUUGCUUACAAAAUGGUAACGGAGUGGGGAAUGUCAGACAAGUUGGGCCCACUGAAUUAUAAGAAAAGAAUGGGAGAUGGAUACUCAUCAAAUCGAUUAUCAGCUCAAACUAUUUCUACCAUUGAAGUAGAGGUGAAGGCGCUGGUAGAGAAGGGCAAAAGCUUAUCCGAAGAAAUCCUAAGAAGGCACAGAAAGGAACUUGACAAUUUAGCCUUUGCACUACUCGAUAAAGAAACCUUAUCCGGAGAGGAAAUAAAAAAGAUUAUUGACCCAAACAACACGAGGGAUUACUCCGGCAAAGUGCCUGCUCUAAGUAAGGACACCAAAUCGGACAGCACUUCAAGCGGCCCAGAAAAUGACAAACGGGAAAAAAAUUCCACACGUGGGGAAGGAAGAAACACAGAUGAGAACCGCACAAAUGUGAAACGGACGGGUCCAAGCGCACCAAAUGACCGACACGAAGAAAAGCAGGCCGAUACAGGAACCCCCGCGGAAGAACUCAAAAGUGCUAGCAGUGAUAAUGUGCUCAAAAAAAAGGGCAAACGAGGUGAACGGGAGAAGCGCAGGCAUACAUCCACCAGAGACAAUGACAAAAUCGAAAUUGUGAGGAAAGACGCCAAAAAUGUUGCCAAAAAGAUAAAGAAGAAAUAUGCCAAAGACCCCAAUGUUAAGAAUAAAAAAAUACUGAAAGUUGUGAAUGAGCAUAAACCGUACGACGUUGAUAGGAAGGCGGAUGGGGGAAAUUUACAAAAUAAAAAUGGCAAAACGGGAUUAAAUGGCUCAAAUGGCUCAAAUGGCCCAAAUGGCCCACUGGGAAAACUGGAUAAACGCAGUUACCCGAAGGGACACUCGCCCCACGACGACAAUAACAACAGCGUGGUAAAAAAUAUGAGCGAAGUGUUUAGCAAAGAUUUUGCUUCCCCCGCCGAACAAAACGGCGAUAACGAAAGCCCCGAUUAUGUAAAAGCGAAAGAAAUGACCCUUAACAAUUUCAAGGAAGCCGUGGACACGUCGCACAUAAAGAACGUCGGCGAAAUGAAGAAGUUCAACAUUUUUGAGCACAACUUGGGUAAACUCUUCCUCUUUGACAUUUUUGGUAGCUAG